UCUCAUAUUUUUUCUUUACUUUCUUUAUUCAAAGUUCGUUUAACAGUUUGACAAUGUCCGAAUAUAAUAGGGAAUAUAUUGCAGACAAACUUAGAAAAGAAUUGGAUGCAACUUAUAUUACUGUUGAUGAUUUGUCAGAUGGCUGUGGGGCAAAGUUUCAAGCAUUAAUUGUGUCACCAAAAUUUGAAUCUAAAAGCUUACUUGAAAGACACAGGAUGGUCAACAGUAUUUUAGCAGAGGAGAUGAAAAGCAUUCAUGCUUUUACACAGAAAACCCUGACUCCUGAACAGUGGAAGAAGCAAAAGCCACAAUCUUGAAUUUUUCUGAAUUAGAAGAAUCAUACAGACUCUUAGAAUGUAAUACUAAUAAUCUUUCAUUAGAAGCUUGCUACAUGUAGGUUUGUUGUCAAUAAUUAUUAAGCAAAAAGACAUAACUUGAAACUAUCACAUUCAAUUUGAUGUUUAACAAUAAAACUUUAUUGUACAUAUAUUCAUGGCGUUGAGGUUAAAAAUAUGAGAUUGUGUUUAGGAAAUAAAGUUAAGCAGUUUCAUCUGUCCUUGUGUAAUAAAAGAACAAGUAACAUUU